UUAUACUUCCUGUUAGAUUAUACAAAUUUGGCAUUGUUUGGUAUCUAAACUUUUGACUUGGGCUUUCCGCGAUCCCAACUUAUGAAGAAGAGAAUGGUCUAAAAUUUAGAAUCGAAGUGGAAAUUGGCAUAUGGAAACAUGCAUGCUAUCCAAAAAUUGUGAAGGGGAAAAUUUUCCUGUCUUGAGAAACUAGAUUUGAACACCAAACAAUAAUAUAAACGCUAGUUUUAGCACCAUUUGAAAAUGAAAUCCUCAUCUAACAAAUAAAAAAGAAAUCGUCAAUUCGAAGCAAUUUUUUUGUGGAAAAAAAAAAAAGAAAAUAAGGCAGCAAGAUUCUUUCUUACACUAAAAAGAAGUCAUUGUAGUAGAAACAGAAAGGAAAGACAUAUUAACCUCAGCUUCGGUGCUCGGUGCAGAAGAAUUAGAAAUCAGUUCGAGUUUCGGUUACCUGGUAUAAAAGACCGGGCUUUUAGAUAGUACCAACUGAGCCGGUACCAUAUCUCCAGCUAACUAUAAAAACCCUUCUUCAAUUCUUAUUCUUCUUGGUUCGUGUCUGAUCUGAUAUAAAGAUUAGUCAGCGUUCCAUGAUUAGAAAUUCUCAGAUACUCCCUAAACCCCUCUUUCCUAAAUUCUUGAUAAAUUGAAUCCUGAAAUCAAGAACUUGUUUUGAUACAUCAAUGGCCAUUUCUUCGUCUUCUUCUUCUUGGUCCGAUAUGCCCAACGGGCUUCUCGAGCAAAUAUUGAGCCGUCUAAAUAAUCCAUUAGAUGUUUUUCGGUGUUGCAAUGUCUGUAGUUGUUGGAGAUCAGUAGCUACCCGAUUUUAUUGGGAUCAAAUUCAUUUUCCAUUGCUUCUGAUACUAAACAGAGAAGAAGAAAUGGGCAAUUUGUGCGAUAUUUUGACAGGAGAAACACAGGAAAUUUUUCUACCAAAGACAAAAGAUCGGUUGGUUUGUAAUUCAACAAAUGGGUGGUUACUAACAAUAGGCUAUUAUUCACCAUACAAGGUAAAUCUCUGGAAUCCAAUUUCAAGAACUGAAGUCUUGCUUCCAUUAGCAAGUAAAUUCCCUAAAUUCAAUUGCCAAAUAAUUAAACAAACUGAGGGUUUUGUAAAGAGGUGCAUUACAUCAUCAUUAAGCCCUUUAGAUCCAAAUUGCAUUGUUUUGGUCAUUUAUGGGCUGGAUUUAGAAAGGAAAUUAGCCUUCUGUAGACCAGGGGAUGAAGAAUGGAAAUCUUUACAGGAUUUGCAGGAAGAAGUUUCUUUUGAUGAUAUUAUGUUCUUUAAGGGUCAAUUUUAUGCCACUGAUAUUAAAGGCAAAAUUUAUGGUUGCGAUCUUGGACCAAAUCCAAAGACAGUUGUAGCUCUUGAACCUCCAUUUCAUCUUAACCAAAUGGAAAAGUACCUAGUGGAGUCAUUAUCUGGUGAUUUCUUGAUGAUUAAUAGAAAAUGGAAGUGGGUAAUUGAUGAUGAUGAUGGUGGUGGUGGUAGAGAAGAUGGAAUUGGAACAUCAUUUGAUGUGUAUAAAGUUGAUUUGGGUACUAAAGAAUUGAAAAAGAUUGAAACUUUGGGCAAUGAAGCACUGUUUCUUGGUUAUGAUGGUUGCAUAUCAGUAUCAUCAUCGAAAACAGGGAAUAAUAUGAGACCAAAAGGAGCAGAACUUCCAAGAUCUAAUUGCAUAUACUAUAUUCAUGAUUCCUUUGAAGGAUGUUCUGAUAUUUGGUGUGGAUUUAAGCAUGCAAGCAUGUAUGAUUUGGAAAGUAGUGGCAUGAAACGGCUAAGAACUUCUGAAAGUUGGACAUCUCAGUUUCAUUGGUUCAUGCCUGCUGGUCAUCAGAUGUGA